CACUGAUGAACGACCACUGCUUUGCCAUCGCUGCCAUAUCUUCACCUCACCUACCAACAUCAUGAUUACCGUCACAAACCCAGACGACGAUGGGAUCUACCCCCUUGACUGCGACACCAGCAUCGCACUGGCAGACGUAAAGGCGCUUCUGGAAGCAGACUCGUCCAUUCCAGCUUCACGCCAGGCCCUCUACUUCAAUGGCGCCCCAAUGCAAGACGACAGCAAGACUCUUCAGGGCUACGGUGUGGGAGAUGGUGAUCUUCUUCUCCUCAGAGAUGCUCAAGCUGGCCAAUCUUCCUCUUCCGCUGCUGCUGGGCGUGGCAGUAGCAACACCUCCACCGCGCCUCCUGCAGGUGCUCCUCGCAAUGAGGAGGAAGCUAUUGAGCAACUCCGCCAACAAGUGCUCACUGAUUCUCACCUCAUGACUCAACUACGCCAAAGCAACCCUCAGCUUGCCAACGCUGCCUCUUCGUCUCCGGCUGAAUUCGCAAGGUUGCUGGGAGAGAUGAGGCGGCAGAUGGGACAGGUUCAAAAUGAGAGAGCAAGGGCAGAAGCUGAGCUGGCCGCUGCUGACGAAUUCGACAUCGAUGCUCAACGGAGGAUUGAGGAGGCCAUUCAGGCCGAAAACGUCAUGGCCAAUAUGGAACAUGCCAUGGGUGAGUGAAUCACUGCUCAAGGCGAGGCUGGUGGACCGAUGCUCAUGCAUCUUCUUUUCCCAUAUCGCCUUACAGAGUACAGCCCCGAGAGCUUCGGGAGGGUUCACAUGCUGUACGUUGCUACCGAAGUGAACGGUGUAGAAGUGAAGGCGUUCGUCGACUCCGGCGCACAGUCAACAAUCAUGUCACCCGAAUGCGCCGAGCGGUGCGGUAUUAUGCGACUUCUGGAUCGGCG